UGAGCGAGCAAGAUGGCGACACGCGGCGCGUUGCCGCGUACGGCAUCGAGAACGCGAUUCUCGCACCUAUACGAUAACAAUAAAACAUACAUUAACCUUUAUUCUUAUCGCUUACGUGUACAGAGAACGCGUUGAAUGAUUAGCAUUUACGAUCUCCCGCGUUUUUCGAUCGCGCUCCACGGAAUCGCCGUGACGCACAUACAACUCGGCCGUACAUGUGUGUGUGGGUGCGUGGUAAAUAAGCGAACUCUCGACGACGACGUGCCGUCGUGACCUCGUCGCGCCAACUCAAAAACAUUGCCGAUAGUGCAGUCUCGAUAUCGCGACCACCGAGGAUCUGGCUCAGCCGAAGCUUGCGAGAGUAAUAAAAAGAUAUGUGCCGCGGACAUCGUGUCGCGGCGAGGGUCGGUCGCGAGAUCUCGCGACGCGCGAGACGUCGAUUAAUCCGCAUCAUCAGUUAACCGCGUGUCUCACCCUCUUGCGUGGUUGAGUGGAGAGAGAGCCGAGAGGUGAUCUUCGAUAAGGGGUAGAUUGUGUUGGGUGUACGGGAAAAAAAAGAGACACAAAAACGGGCAACGCGAAAGUGCGCCGCCGCCUCGACACCGCCAUGAGGCUGGAGGAGAUGCCGUUGCGGCUGAGCUCCGACGAGCGGGACUUUGAAAUGGACGAUGACGAGACGGACUACCUGCUGCAGCCGUCCGAGGACAGCAUCAGGCAGCUGACGUCGAGGCGACGGCGCAUCAAGGAUUGCUCCAAGUACCUGAGAAACUGCCUCUGCGGAUGUUGUACUUGGAUGUGGAGAAGAUGUUGUAGAGAACGGGAAUUAAGAGCCAGGGUUAUCCACAUUGGUCAACCUAUGCAUGAAAAGUUUCCCACUAAUGUAAUAAGAAAUCAAAAAUACAAUGUUGUUACUUUUUUGCCUUUGGUUCUCUUUCAGCAAUUUAAAUUCUUCUUGAAUUUAUACUUUCUACUUAUGGCUAUAUCUCAAUUCAUACCAGACAUAAGAAUAGGAUAUUUGUAUACAUACUGGGGACCAUUGUGCUUUGUUUUAACUGUAACAAUUUUUCGUGAAGGUAUUGAUGAUUUUAGAAGAUAUAAAAGAGACAAAGAAGUCAAUGCGCAAAAGUAUUAUAGAUUAGUAAAAGGUUUUGAUACGCCAGAAUUAGUACCAAGUUCCAAAUUACGAGUAGGUGACUUGGUAAUAGUGGAGAAGGGCCAGAGAGUACCAGCUGAUUUGGUAUUAUUACGCACAACCGAAAAAUCUGGCGCAUGUUUUGUACGAACUGAUCAGCUGGAUGGAGAAACAGAUUGGAAAUUGAGAUUAGCAGUGCCUGCAACGCAAAAACUUGAAAGCAAUUCUCAGUUAUUUGAUAUUAAAGCCAGUUUGUAUGUUGAAAAACCUCAAAAGGAUAUACAUAGCUUUAUUGGAACUUUUUCAAGAUACGAUGGAUACAGCAGUGAAGAAAGCUUGGGUGUGGACAACACAUUGUGGGCUAAUACAGCUGUGGCAUCAGGCUCUGCUCUUGGAAUUGUUGUUUAUACCGGUCAGGAAACGCGAUCUCUGAUGAACCAUUCAGAAAUCAGAUCAAAAGUUGGUUUACUUGAUCAAGAAAUCAAUCAAUUGACAAAGGUAUUAUUCUGCGCGGUAAUAGGACUUGCACUUGUAAUGAUGUGUUUGAAAGGAUUCAAUGGACCAUGGUAUCGUUACAUGUUCCGUUUUGUCCUGCUAUUUUCGUACAUUAUACCGAUCAGCUUGAGAGUAAAUCUGGAUAUGGGGAAGGCGUUUUACGCGUGGUGUAUACAAAGAGAUAAGGAUAUCGCCGGUACAGUGGUGAGAACAACCACUAUUCCGGAAGAACUCGGACGCAUAUCUUAUUUGCUGAGCGAUAAAACCGGCACGUUGACGCAGAAUAAAAUGGUGUUCAAAAAGUUGCAUUUAGGCACCAUAUCUUACAGCCAGGAAACGUUUGAUGAAGUGACAUCGGUAUUGAAGACUUAUUAUCCGAUUGAUAUGGAAAAUUCCCCGGUAAAGCAGGCGUUAUCUCUGCAUAGUGGAAAAGUGCGAAGGUCCGAGAAUACCCGGAUCUACGAUGCCGUGCAUGCUUUAGCGCUGUGCCACAACGUAACUCCAGUAUAUGACGAGGUAAAUAAAUCCUCGAAUCUGGAUUCAGUGAGCGUGCAGACGGUAGAAACUGGAGAUACAGGUUCCAUUCAAAGUCAAACAGAAGCUGAUCAGCAUUACUAUCUGCCUGAACAGAAACGUAAUUAUCAAGCUUCCAGUCCAGACGAAGUGGCUCUGGUGAAAUGGACAGAAGAGAUAGGAUUGGCCCUGGUUAAACGAGAUUUAAAUACAAUGCAGUUGAAGACUUUGAAUGGUCAAGUAUUGAAUUAUACCAUACUGCAAAUAUUCCCUUUUACAUCAGAAACCAAGAGAAUGGGAAUAAUCGUCAAAGAAGAAUCCAGCUCCGAGAUCGUAUUUUACUUGAAAGGUGCUGAUGUCGUGAUGUCUGGUAUUGUACAAUAUAAUGAUUGGCUAGAAGAAGUAUGCGAAAACAUGGCACGCGAAGGCCUCAGAACAUUGGUUGUGGCCAAAAAUUUGACUGAAGAUCAAUAUCUUGAUUUCGAAGCAAGGUAUAAUGCAGCGAGAAUGAGCGUCAGUGAUCGUGUAUCGAGAGUUGUCGCCGUGGUAGAGAGUCUUGAGAGGGAAAUGGAACUGUUAUGCGUAACUGGUGUCGAGGACAGACUGCAGGAUAGAGUCAGGCCUACAUUGGAACUCUUGAGGAAUGCUGGAAUCAAGAUAUGGAUGUUGACCGGCGACAAAUUGGAGACUGCGACGUGUAUAGCAAAAUCAUCGUGUUUAGUCUCGCGUACUCAAGGACUGCACGUUUUCAAAUCUGUCGUGACGCGCACUGAUGCCCAUUUGGAGCUGAAUACAUUUCGCAAGAAACAAGAUUGUGCCUUAGUUAUCAGCGGCGAUUCCCUGGAAGUGUGCUUACAAUAUUACGAGCAAGAAUUUCUCGAACUUGCUUGCGGCUCACCCGCUGUCGUUUGCUGCCGAUGUUCUCCCACGCAGAAAGCCGAAGUUGUCAGUCUCAUACAAAGACACACCGGCAAGAGAACUGCAGCCGUCGGUGAUGGUGGUAAUGAUGUUUCCAUGAUACAAGCUGCAGAUGCUGGAAUUGGUCUCGAAGGUCUUGAGGGAAGACAAGCAUCGCUAGCUGCAGAUUUUUCAAUUUCUCAAUUUAAUCACCUUGCUAAUUUACUAUUAGUCCAUGGUAGAAGAAGUUAUAAACGAUCGGCUGCAUUAAGUCAGUUUGUCAUACAUCGUGGUUUGAUCAUUUCAACUAUGCAGGCUGUAUUCUCGGCAGUUUUUUAUUUGUCUUCGGUUGCCUUAUAUCAAGGUUUUCUUAUGGUAGGAUAUGCUACAAUAUAUACAAUGUUUCCCGUCUUUUCAUUGGUAUUAGACAAGGAUGUAUCGGGAAAAAUGGCGCUUACCUAUCCAGAACUUUAUAAAGAACUUAGUAAAGGCCGUUCAUUGUCAUAUAAAAUUUUUAUGUGGGUUUUGAUAAGUAUAUAUCAAGGAGGAGUAAUUAUGUAUGGUGCACUUAUAAUGUUCGAGGACGAAUUCAUACAUAUAGUAGCCAUUAGUUUUUCAGCGCUAGUUUUGACAGAGUUAAUAAUGGUUGCUUUGACCAUUAGAACUUGGCAUCAUAUAAUGAUACUUGCAGAAAUCUUCUCUCUAGCGCUUUAUUUGCUGUCUUUGGUCGUCCUCAAAGAUUACUUUGAUGCUGAAUUUAUUAAGACAACAGACUUCUUAUGGAAAGUAUUGGUGAUAACAUUAGUUUCUUGCAUGCCACUGUAUAUCUUAAAAUUUUUGAGGAAAAAGUUUUCACCUCCUAGUUAUACUAAAUUAUCUUAAAAUUUAUGCGAAAUUUGAUUAAUCUAUAUAUGAACGAUAAGGGUGGAAAUCAACUUGAUAUAUAUUAUUAACAUUAGAGAAAGAACAUAUACAAAUCUUUUUUGUUCUAAUGCCCCAAUAUAAUCCAAUCCAAUUAAUAUAAUAAUAUUGCUUAAGUUAAUUUUUAAUGAAAUAAGAAAAGUAUGUGCACACAAUUUUAUAUCAAUGAACUAUUUUUGUAACUGAACAAUUUUUGUGACAUUGGUCUUAAUAAGAACUAAUGUAACAAAAGAUUGCUUAUACUGCAAAAUAAAAUUAAAAUUUUCUUGUAUUAUAUUGCACAAACUUUUAAAAAAAAAGUGAGGAUUGGAUUAAAGUUGUUAUAAAUUGAACUGACAAUUUCAUGAUGUUACGCGUUAAUGUUAAUUCUUCCUGCAAGCUUAUCUUAUCUAUAUUAUGCGUCUUGGCUUAAAUACAUGACUUUUUUUAUAUAAAUUCUUUUUAUAUUUCUCUUUUGUUCAUAUUAUUUAUAUUUAUAUUUCUGAAUGUAUUGCCAAAUUCGCAUUCUUCCAUUUCAGUACAUUUAUAUAUUUAUAUAUAUACACAUACGAUGCGGCAUUUAUAUAUUUUGAUCUUUAUUGCUUAUUCAUAAAAAUAUAAAUUGAAUGUGUUUUAAUUGAGCACAAUAGAAUUUUUCAUAUAUUAAAAUUUUAAAGUAUCUGCAUAGAUCAAGCAGUCUUGAUCAGUAUAAUAAGAAAUAAAUGCAUUUUACUUGAAAAAUGAUUAGAGAGUUAAUAUAAUUAAAUGAUAGAACUUGAGUAAUCAGAAAUAAAACUGUGAUUUUUGCAAAUAUAAGUCUAAACAGCAUUUUUUGCACUAACAUUGUUAUAUAAAGAACUUAUAAGAUUCUAUUUUCAAGGGAUUUAUUGUUUUUCCUAAGAAAUUUUAUUUCUUUCUAUAAAGAGCACAUAUCUUUUGUUAUUAUUUAUGUUCACAGUCAUGUAUAUUGCGCAUAAAUAAUCAUAUCGGAUUACGUAAUAUGUUUUAUAUUCAUGUAUAUACUGCAAGCAUGUAGAACAUACCUGUAAUCGUUGUUAUCACUAAUGUGGAUGAAGCGUACCACAAAUAAUAUUAUAGCUGUUUCUAGAAGACUAUUAUUUACUAUGUAAUAAUACGUUUACGAUUAAUUUAUUCGCAAAUAAAGUAAUAUAUUCCUUAACCUGA